CUCGUUAUAAUUAUCACUUCAUUUCCUUUUCGAAAAUUUAUACAACCUACACAAUUGAGCAUUUUUGUUACGUUAACUUCAUUAGGUAUACAACAAAAUUUUCAUAGGAUUCUUUUUAAAAAAACCAUAAAUUAUGCAUGUGUGAGCUCUCUAAUUAUUGUGUCUUUUUCUAAUGCUUAGCUUGGAAGCGAAAUAGAAAUAUAUUCCAUAUAGAGAGUUGUUGAAGAAAACACUGUUGUCAAAAACAGCUGCCAGUGUCGAUUUUCAUUUCAUAUUGCAGAGAGGCUGGAAAAAGGAAAAUUUAAUAAUUUUCAAUGUUUUUCUUUUAAGAAAACACAUUUUGAAUUAAAAUAUUUGAAAACAAUAAAAGUGAUGACUGCUUAUUAUAAUAAAUGCAUUUUCUUCAAUAGCUUCUUUGAAAAAGUGAAAAAGUGUCAAGUUUCCUAAUGGAAAAAUCGAUUUUCCAAGGAUCCUGAAUUAAAUAUCAAAUCAAAAAGAUGUCUGGAGUGUUUGGAUACAGCCGUGAGGCUGUUAGAGUUAAAGUUAAGAAAUGUGAAGGAAAUCAACCAACUGAAAUAAGAAAAUUCAGUGUAGAUCCUCAAAUAACUUCAUUCGAAGUUCUCCAAAGCAUUUUAGCCAAAGCAUUCGAUUUAAAAGGCGACUUUGCUAUAUGCUACCGUGCCUAUGAUAUAACUGGUCAGGAAGUUUACAUGAGAUUAAUAUCAGAUUGGGAUUUGGAUGCUGCAUUUUUAAAAGCAUACAAUACAUCAGCAGCUAUCAACCAAGAACCUUGCUUAUGCUUGAGAGUAGACCUCAAACUCUUUGAGGAACAAAUCGAGGAUUGGGAGCAAAAACAAAAUGUCUCAAUUAUCGCUCAAAUUCGAACUCCUACCAGCCAAGAAGCGAAACCGUCUUCCAGGUUUCACGGGAUGUUCAACCAGGUUGGAAAAACUCUCAACAUGGUUCAGAAGGUUUUGAAUUUUGGCGAAGAUGCCAAUACAAGCGUGCAACCUCUUCGAGCGCCGCUCAGCGAUGGAGAGUUCAGGAAGUUCUGCGAUGCUGUAGGUCAAAUUGUUUAUGCCAAAGAAUUGAGAUCUGUUAUUUAUUAUGGAGGAAUUGAACCCAGUUUGAGAAAAGUGGUCUGGAAACAUUUACUGAACGUGUAUCCAGACGGCAUGAACGGAAGAGAAAGGAUGGAUUACAUAAAGAAAAAAGCCAGUGAAUAUGAAAAAUUAAAAGAAACAUGGAAACAAGCAAUUGCUCAGGGUGCUGUAGCUGGUGAAUUAGCUUACACCACUGGAAUGGUAAGGAAAGAUGUCCUACGCACAGACAGGCAUCAUCCCUUUUACGCUGGAAGCGACGAUAAUCAAAAUAUUGCCUCAUUAUUUAACAUAUUAACUACUUACGCUCUAAACCAUCCAAAAGUAUCUUACUGUCAAGGAAUGAGCGAUUUAGCCUCACCCUUACUAGUAACCAUGAACGAUGAAGCUCACGCCUAUAUUUGCUUCUGCGCAUUAAUGCAAAGGCUUGCUACGAAUUUUAUGAUUGAUGGCAUAGCAAUGACUCAAAAAUUCACUCAUCUUGCUGAAGGCUUAAUGUACUACGAUCCAGAAUUUUAUAAUUAUUUAAAAUUACAUCAGGCUGAUGAUUUACUUUUCUGCUAUCGUUGGCUUUUAUUAGAAAUGAAACGGGAAUUCGCCUUUGACGAUUCAUUAAGAAUGUUAGAAGUACUUUGGGCCUCAUUACCAGCGGACCAUCCUCAAUUAGAACUUAAAUUGUUUGAUACAAUGUUUCAUGCUAUUCCACCAAGUGCUACUCCUCCAAUAAGUCCACUCGUAAAGACUCCACGUGAAAACGCCUAUACAAAAGUCUGCGCGCUACGCCGUCAAAGUUCGUCAAUAUCCUUAAGUAAUUACGCUUCCAAUAAAAAAAUCGUACCAGUCAAGCGGCAAAAUCACAGCCUAGACGAAACUAUAAGUAGAUGUAAAAAUAAUACUAUAAUGGAACUUAAGCUCAAUAAAAACCAAAGCUUAGACGAUGCAGUUUUGAUAGGCAACAUCAAAAGCAGUAAAAGUAAUGACAUAAGCCCUAGGCAUGGUACUACCAAAGACGACACGCCCCCAUCUUCCCGCUCCGAGUUGAGACCCCGUUCAGUUUCUCCUCUAGAACCCAAGUCCGAUUCUGCCCUAGUGCUUACUAACAAUAACCGCAUUAUCGCGCACCAGAUGGCUUUUCGAUCGAAAAGUGCAAGCUUAUCAGCUAGCAUGUCCAAUUUGAUUCGUAGUACGAAAAAAGGCGGACAUUUCAAAGAGUUGAAAGAUAAAAUAGCGGCGCAUAAAUUGUUUUCUUCUCUAGACAGGUUGGAUGCUACGCAAAUGAUUAAGGAGGAAGAGGAAAGGGUGCCCAGGAAGGUUGUGAAGAAUUUGAAUGAGUUUUUGAAUUUUGCUGGUAUGAAUAAGAGUAAGAUUUCUGAUACUGAUCAGAGUCAGGCUUAUUUACAGGUCAAUAACGAUAAACCAAAAAUCAUGCUCACAAAAUCAAGUUUUGACGACUCUGAAAGCUCCAGUGACAAGCCACGGAAUUCGUCUACAUCGAAUACAAUUACAACUGAUGAUACAGAUACGUUUGACGAAUACAGCCCAGACGAUAGCCAAGAGUAUUUUCCAUUGACAACUUCAGUUACCAGAGAGUUGAGACUUGAACUAGAGAAUUUAGAUAGGAAAGUUUUCGGCGAUAAAUACGUGGACAGAUUGUCUGAUUCGCCUUCUAGCGAAUGCGAUUUGAAAACUACUACGAAAAAUGAAGAAUUGCAAUUGGAAAAACCUAACAGCGGUGACGUAUUUAUUUGGGAAAAUCCUUUGCACCAAACCAGCCCUAAAAACGCUGUGCCCGAAUUGCAAGACACUCCGGACGAACAAAACGACAUCGACUAUGACGCCCCUACAAUGGUAAACGAAACGUCGGCCACCAAAACCGUAACGCCCAUAAGAAUAAUAAAUUCGACAAGCAAAAUCGAAACCACCCAGAAAGUAGUAGUGAAUUUGGCCGAGCCGAUACCACAGCCCAGAGCCCUUGUCGCCUGUCAAAAUUUCCACAACGGUACCAUGACCAAUUCCUGCGAAGAAGUCCAAGAAAUCAAAACUUCGACUUUUCUGCCGCCGCCUCACGAAUUCGGGGGCGGCAAUCCGUUUUUAAUGUUUCUCUGCCUCACGGUGCUACUGCAACAUCGCGAACAUAUCAUCGGGAAAAGUAUGGAUUACAAUGAAAUGGCGAUGCAUUUCGAUAAGAUGGUGCGUAAACAUGAUGUCACUAGGGUGCUGAAUCAGGCCAGGCAAAUGUACGCACGUUACAUGAAACAACAAACUAUUGCUCAGCAUAAGAUUGAGACGUUUAGGAAUGAGAAGUGUUGAUUGUAAAGGUGAGUGUGGGAUUUUUUCUGAAUUGUUAUGGGGGGUUAUUCUAUUUUUUUCACCUUUUUCUGGCUUUUGAUAUCUGGAGGAAUUCUCAGAUUCAGUAAUUUUCACAAAUUUUAAAUACUUGAGAAUGAUUACUCUUAUCAGAUUUCUUGUUAGGUUUCACAGUUUGAGAAUUCCAACAAUGACUAGAAAUAGAAUUGAGUAACCCUCUAUGAUUUAUUUUUGAAAAAAAUCUCUUCUAGAAAAUAAUCCAAAAGUCUCAUGUAUAGAAAAUACUACAUAAUAGAAUUGUUACUGUGAUAUUUUAUAUUCCUUAUUUUUCUAGUUUUAUUUCCACUUUUUAUUCUGUUAUUAUAUUUUUUUAUUUUCAAUUAGUAGAAACUAAUUGGAAAAUUUUAAGUUUGAUUUUUUGUAGCAUAUCAUCUAUCCUAUAAGGAAAAUUCAAAGACAUUAUAUUCAGUUCCUUGUUUUAAAAUUUUUGCCUUUUGUAUUCAUCUAUUCUCUCUGUAAAUUGAGAAAUAUUGACUUUUGCACAAUUUAUUAAGUAGCAAUAUUGUGUAUGUGAAACUGUAUGUAAGAGGUAUUUAAUGAUUGCUGCUCGUACUGUAAUUUAUUUUCAAAAAAUCUUCCAUUAUUGCACUUGGUUGCAAAUUAAAUCGACCACUCUUGAAAUGUUUUAUUUUGAAACUAGUACUUAUUGCAUAGAAAAAACAAUGAAAAAUAACCCAAAGUAGGUACUGGGUGGUCCAAUUUGGAUACUUUUAAACGAGCUUUUAAUAUUAGACUGUGAGAUAGAGGGGCUGUUUAGUGGAGUCAUUUUUUUUUGUCUGGCAUUUUGAGGGUUGAAUUUGGCUACUAAGCUGAUGAGAAUGUGGGUGAUUUUAAUGCCUGCCUUCCGUUCGAAAAUUUGCAGAAGAAAAAAAUUGAUUUACAUGAAGAAUUUUUUUUUAAUGUUGGCCACAUUCAUCCCUCAAAAUGUCAGACAAAAAAAAAUGACUCCACUAAACCGGCCCUAGAAAAAUGAACCUCCCCACUUUAAGGCUCAAAUUGUACCACCCUGUACAUACAUAAAAUAAAUAUGUAUUGGAUUAGGAUGCCACUUUUAUGAAUGAUCUGUGAAGGUCAAUCAUUUUUUUGAUUAUAAUUUAGGAAACUCAAGAUUUAGGUAGCACUAGGUGCUUGACUUUUUUUUAUAAAUGAUUAUUUUAUUUUUGUGAACUCAAUAAAAUGCCUAUUUAAAAUAUUAACAAAAUUUUAUUUAAAAAUUUCUCACAAAUAAAAUACAAAAAUUAAAAUAUUUCUUUUGUCUAAAACACCUUGGGUAGCCUUUCAAAAAAAAUAAAAGAUUUACAAUCAACAAGGCUACCCUACAUGUUAAUUUAUUAAUAAAACUUUUAUUCUCAUUAUCAGACCUAAACCUAGGUGCUAUAUUGAAUAAAUUAAAUCUCAGUCAAUAAUGUUAAUACAAGAGAGGACAGACAUUAAUAAUUAUUAUAAUUGUAUAAUAAAAAUACAGGCUGUCCCAGCCUAGAGUGAUUUGAAAUGCUUAUAAACCAGGUGUGCUAAAGUAAAAAAAGUUGCUGUUUUUCAACAUCGAAAUUCUCUACUAUUUUUAAUGGAACACCCUGUAUAUCACAACGUCAAAAAAAGAGUCAUGUUGAAGGUAUCCAUGCACAGAACUAUCCACAUAUCAAUAAACAUAGUCCUCGAAAUACAUAUAAAACUUCAGCUGUAAAAAGUUAAAAUCGAAAUCCUGGUAUUUUGCAAACGCAUUUUUUAAAAAGUCUGGAACCGUCAAGUCAGGAGAGUAAGGUGCCCAUUCUAUAGGACCAGCUCCUAUCCAUCUUUCUCCAAAUUUCAUAUCUAAUGAUUCUCUUGAUAUUAAAGAAUAAUGGGGGCUCGGACUCUGUAACCGAUAGAUCAUUAUCCUUAUCGCUAUGGCACUUGCUGUCUUCUUCUUUUCGAACUCAAUAGAGAGGGGACGCCAAUAGAGAUAGAGAAAAUAUCUAUAUUCGUUACAGAGUCCCAGCAAGCAUGCACAAUCCUGCUGAAAUGUUACACAAUUGCUUCAACCAUUUACUGAUCCGACUCCAUAAAUGCGUGGAGCAGAAUGGCAAACAUAUACAGCAAUUCUUAUUGCUUUAUGCAGGUUGUCUUACCUUUCUAUUAGACAAACAUAAUUUCAAAACUUUGUAAAUAUUCUAAUAAAAAAUGCGUUUGCAAAAAUACCAGGAUUUCGAUUUCAAUUUUUUUUGUGCAACCAUCCGCAAAAUGAGCUUUCGCGGCCGCCACACAGUCCGCGAAAUUCAAUUUCGCGGCCGUUGCCCUUGGUGACGGCCGCGAAACUAUAAAUCAAAAUUUGACACUUUGACAACAACAAUAAGUAAAUUUUAUUUCCAAAUUCUUCAGAACAACAUAAAUUAUUUAGGAUAAAUAUUAACACUUACAUGACAGUUUGCAUUAUUACUAAUAUUUACUCCUAAAGCUGAAGCAACUAAUAAUCCAGUGUUUUUGAAUUGAACUCUCAAAACUUCCCAUUUCGGCAUUAAAUUAGCCAAUAUGCUUUCAGACACCAUUUUGACGUUUUGUUUGUCACACCAAUUUUUUGAACUCGCAGUAACAAUUUUCAUAUUGCCGCUUAGUUUUCCAGGUAUUAACUCAGAAAUAGCUGAUUGAACCAUAUUUUUUAGCUCUGGAGGAGUGCAAGAGAGUGAAACAUCUGUAUCGCUGUCGGAUAUUUUCACGAUUUUUUGAGAACCGUCAAAAUUUUUUGUGUAUUUGUUUACUUGCAAAAUAUGUCAUCCAUGACAUCCAUGGAAACGCUGUGCCACCAUAGCCACCAGGUUAUACAUCAAACUGGUAAUUAGUUCCACAUGUUUGUUGAAAGGAGUACAUUUUUUCUAUAAUUCCACAUAAUUUUCAUGGUUGCACAAAAAAUAGUGUGUAUACCAUGACCGCGAAACUUUUUAGCGUCCUCGAGAUUAUCUUGCCUCGGCCGCAAGCGGCCUCGGCGAUAACUUUUCUCUACGUACGCUAAAAGGCACUUCGCGGCCUUGGUAUACAAAUAACUAUUACUGCUAAAGCUUUAUGUUUCAAGGACGAUGUUUUUUGGUACAUGGAUACCUUGUACAUGACUUUUUUUUUUGACGUUGUGAUAUACAGGGCGUUCCAUUAAAAAUAUUGGAGAAUUUCGAUGUUGAAAAACAACAUUUUUUUUACUGGCCCUGUAUAAGUAUCAGAAAAAUUUGCAACUAACUGGAGAAAACUUUAGGCCAAGAGAAGUCGGAUGGCGCAAACCGCAGGAAGCUAGCACACCUGGUUCAAAAGUUAUAAGCAUUUGAAAUGCUGGAACACCCUGUAUAACAAUAAGAGCUGCCAUUAUUGAUAAACAUUUGAAAGACAAUUUUGGGAUUUGGUAAAAAAUUGGCACACUAAAAUGAGUAUUUGUAUAUCAAUUACACUAAGGUCCUGUUUAUUCAUCUUUAGAUAAACUUUCUCGUAUAUACCUGCAAGAUAAAUUCACCGCUCUAUAAAUCUAUUGGUUGGCGAGAUAACUGGCUGACCGAUGGAAUUACAGAUUACAUACCUGACAGUUUAUCAGAAAGUGAAUAAACUGGCCCUAAAACCAACAAAUUUGAUUAGAUACACUAUGAUAAUGUUAUUGCACACUGUAAUUUUAAAGCGCCUAUUGCAGAGACGAAAAACCCCAAAAAAUUAAGUAAAACUUUGGUCUGAUACCGUAUUGUACCUAAUAAAAAUCCAAAAUACCUUUGCAGGCCUCAAAAAAACAAAAAACACCCUAUAUGUUAUUUUCCAACGCAGGAAUACUGUUCAUUUCCGUUUUCUUGUUACCAAUCAGCUGUUCCUUUAAAAUAUUUUGCAGCGAAAUCCUGGCUUCUCGUUCCUCGUUGAGUUGAGAGGCCAACGUCGCCACUUUGUAUUCCAACACAUAGUAUUUGGAUUCGAGCAAAGUGACGACUUCUGAAACGUUGGUUUUGGUCGAAUCGGUUUUGGAACUCUCACUGGUUGCAACUGGAAUUUAAAAGGAACACAUCAGGUUUGUAAAUAAUUUACUGUAUCUACACAAUGAAACAUUGGAUAAUCAAUAAAUCUGGCACAGACUUAAAUAGUGAAAAAGUAGAAUACUUACUUGUUUGUUUUUAUAUUUUUUAAAACAAGCAUGCAAGUGACCAGUUAAUUUUGUAUGAAAAAGUGAAAUAUUAGUCACAUUUAAAAAAAAAUGGGUGAUAUUUCCAUCACCAAAAUGUUUUUUUUUUAGUCUUAUUGUGUCAGUUAGUUUGUUUUGUGACUAUUUAUGAUGAGUGAAUAUUAACCAAUGUAUAAGUAUUCUGCUUUUUUGAAAAACGUUUGAAAUGUUCUGUGUGUAUUAAUUGGGAAAUAAACAAUCUUACGAUAAAUUAGUAGAAAAACAAAAAGCAAUGAAAACGAUUAGUGAACCAAUUUAAUGCAGAUGGCAUUAUCCUGCAUUAAUCAAUCCAAACAUACAAAAACACCAUCGCAAGACAAAAAAAAAGGAAACACACUGCGAAGACUUGACGGUUACUCCAAAUGUUUCUUGAGUUGUUUAGCGACAAAGGAGCCACAACACCAAGUGGAAGCCCUCGGAGGGCCGUGAGGUCUGUAGCGUCUCGGUUGCAACGGUUGAGGGAUCAGUUCUAAACUCGAUCUGUGUACGGUGGUCGGUUUUGGUAGCUGCACGUUGCCUCCAGUUAGAACCUCGGCUAGAAGGGCAAAACUAUCAGAAUGGAAUCACCUACUUGAUGAGUGAUUUUGUUGGUGGUGAUUCAAGUACCUUUUGCUUGCUUAUUUAUCUAUUUGAGCCUCUAUUGAUAACUAGUUACUUUCCCCUAGCUAUAACAUCUACUAGUACAGUAAGAAUUAUUGAUUAUUAGUCCGGUAUAAGCUGUUCAAAAUUGGUUUCUCGUGUACCUAUUUGGUAUGCAAGCAAGCGGUUUUUUUUAAACCUAAAUUUGUAUUGUAAAGAAUAACCAAGUCCAGUCGGAACGUCGACUUAUGUGUCAGAGGCGUACAGUACGGGAAAAUAAAAUCAACUGACUUUUUGAGCGGUUUUACUUUAGAACAAGCAGACAACAAAGCUUAUAAUUACAUGCUAUCCAUUCUUCAAUACAAAAUAUGUGAACAGUAUACAUAUUUUGUCCCGAUACUGACGUUUUUGUUUUGGCAGAAAAACAAAUCCUUAGUAAGUAAUAAUAGGGACUACCGAUUACCCUGGACCGCAAACGUAAUAUCCAUGCUCUAAUGGUCAAUAUUUUUUUUCUCAGUAAGCAAUUCUUUAAUUUGGUCCCCAAUAUCAACAGUAUCUUGAAUGUAGCAUUCAAAUCCAUUCAAAAAGUCAUGAGUGGAUUCAAUUCCAAAAUGUUGUUCCUUGACAGUUAUUGAAAUUUUCAAACCUAAGUAUUUAGAUAAAUAUAAAACUCAUUAUUCUUUCAAAUUUUUUAAAUUUUGGCCUGUAAAUCCCGAAGUGAAAUUUUGGGAGAAUUUCUUUAAUAAAAAUGUCCGACGUCCAACACAAAACUAGAUUUUUUUUUUUUUAAAUAUCCAAUUAUUACUUUUCCUUAUAAUAAGAAUGUGAACCUCAGUGGCGUCAUGACCCUACAAUUUCUUUUAAAUUUCUCACAACUUCCUCCAAAUUCCCUAUAAAUUCCCCACAUUUUUGGCAAAGAAGUCCUAGGUCUCACUCAAUUCAAAGUACUCCUGGAAAAUUAAUUGAGGGAAAAGUUGAAACUUUUUGUAUAUAAAGAGGAAGGUUAGAAGCUCAUUUUCCCAAAAUUUCAAAUUUUUCCAGCGAAAAAUAACAACAUGAAGAAUCUUGGAAAUCAACUCACAAAAACUGAAUUAAUUGAAGUUACAGUCUCG